CGGUAUAGAGUAUGAUUUCGCAAGAUGAAGUCGUUCAUAGCAGUUGCAGUGAUUGCUUUGGCAUUUUUUGCCUUGGCCUCUUCCAAACACAUUGAGUCCAAAGUGGCGGACAAAGACUUUUUGGUGAAGCAGAAAUUUAUGCUGGAUAUUUUGCAGCAUGUCUAUCAGGAUGACGUGUUUGUAAAGAAGUACGACGAGAGCUAUGUUACCUACAAACCCUGGGAACAUGCGGAAGACUACAAUGAGAUCGAUUUGAUCAAGGAUUUCUUUGAGUUGUGGCAACAUGAUCCCAUUUAUGAUGAUGAGAUCUUCUCACCCGUCUAUGAACGUCACGUUGAGUACGCUCAUUAUCUGACGCGCUUGUUCUAUUUUGCCAAGGACUGGAAUUCCUUUACCCAUGCCGUUUACUGGGCUCGCACGCACGUGAACAAACAACUGUUCAUCUAUUCUUUGACUGUGGCCAGUAUUCACCGUGAUGAUUUGAAAGGAAUUGUUUUGCCAGCUAUCUACGAAAUUCAGCCAUGGCACUUCUUCGAUGCCGACACUUUGGAGUUGGCUGAGAAAUUCAGAAUGCACGGCUUCCACAAUGUCAAGAAAUUGGACAAUCUUCAUAAUGUGGUGAUCAAGUCCAACUACAGUAAUGUUUAUGGCGACGUCAACUAUGAACACAGCUUGUCCUACUUCUUGGAAGACAUUGGCUUCAAUGCUUUCUACUACUACUACAACUUGGAUUAUCCCCACUGGGCCAAUGGACCUGUCGGUCAUGAGUUGAACAAGGACCGUCGUGGUGAAUUCUAUCUCUUCCUGCACUGGCAAUUGUUGUCCCGUUACUACCUGGAGCGCUUGUCAGUUGAUUUGGGCGAAAUUCCACACUUCAACAUUUACCAACCCUACGAACAUGGCUACUUCAGCAAUUUGCACUACUAUAAGGGUGUAAGUUUCCCCGACCGUGACAAUCACUACAACUUCUACUACGAGGACAACUACCAAUACGCCAAGGAUAUCGAAUACUAUGGUGCUCGCCUGGCUCAGUAUGUCGAUACUACCAAUGAUGAGUACUUGGUGGCUGUAAACAAAUUGGGCAAUAUGAUUCAAGGCAACCCUGAUUCGGUCAACUUUAAAAAGUACGGCAGCUUGGACCAUCUAUAUCGUGAAUUGGUUAACGAAGGUCGUCCCUAUGGCAAAUAUGGCGAAACCUUACCAGCUAUUCUUAUGCACUACGAAACAUCUUUGCGUGAUCCCUUGUUCUAUUCCAUCUACAAGGACAUCGUCUCAUACUACUGGCGUCUAAUGGCAACAUAUCCUGAAUACAAACCCAAGGAUUUGGAAUUCCCAGGUGUUAAAAUCGAUAGCGUACACAUGCCAGAAGGACUCACUACCUACUUCGAAUACUUUGAUGCUGACAUCAGCAAUGCCGUCAACGUUGAAGUUCCCAGCAGUGAAAGCUCUGCCGAUGCUCUCUUCAAGUUCGGACGCAACUCUCAACUACAUGGCCAGAGCUUUGUAAUUAAAGCUCGUCAAUUGCGUUUGAAUCACAAACCAUUCGAAUACACUUUGGACGUGACCUCGGAAAAGAGCCAGAAGGCCAUCGUCAAGGUAUUCAUUGGUCCUAAAUACGAUGAAAAUGGUCAUUUGAUUCACUUGGAAGACAACUACAUGAACUUCUUUGAGUUGGAUCACUACGUUGUUGACUUGGCCGCCGGCGUCAACCACUUGAAACGCAGUUCCGAUGAUUUCACCUGGUAUGUAAGCGAUCGCACCACCUACUUGGAGCUCUACCAAAAGGUAAUGGAUGCCACCAAUAGUGACUACAAAUUCCCUCUCAAUCAAGAUGAAGCUCACUGCGGUGUACCCCAACGCAUUAUGUUGCCCAAGGGCAAGAAGGGUGGCAUGCCAUUCCAAUUCUUCUACAUCGUUUAUCCUUAUCACGCUCCCGAGGUACAACAAUACUCAACUUACGACCCCGUUAUCUCAUGCGGCAUUGGCUCUGGCAGUCGUUUCGUCGACACACUUCCAUUUGGAUUCCCCUUCAAUCGCCCUGUUCGCCACGACUACUACUUCAAUGUUGAUAACAUCAAAUUCUACGAUAUUAAAAUCUAUCACAAAGACGAUCACACCAACUUGGUUUAAGCUUGCAACAUCCAUCUUAACAAUAUUUCAUUGUAAUUUCAAACCAAAGUCUUAUGUAAUAAAUAAAAUUUAAAUGGAAA